UCGUUCGGGACCGACACAUGCGGAGCAACAUGGCUGACUCUUCUCUAGGAGUGUCAUCCUCAUGAGAAUCAAUGAGCUGUUUCUGUCUUUAUCAGCUGAUAUCCCUUUAAAAAACACCUGAACAUCAAGUCUGUGAAGCUACUCUUACAGAGUAUGUGUUUAUAAUCUCGCUGUGAGGAGCCAACGAGUCGCUGCGUGUACUUCCGGAGCACCUUCCUGUGAUCGCUGACCAGAGCCAAGAUGGCAGGAAUUGUCGCCAAGCGUGAGGGACCGCAGUUCAUCAGCGAAAUAGCCGUGAGGGGAAACGCCGCCGUGCUGGACUACUGCCGCACCUCUGUAUCCGCUCUGUCCGGAGCAACAGCUGGCAUCCUCGGGCUGACUGGACUGUAUGGUUUCAUUUUUUAUUUCCUCUCCGCUUUCCUCCUCUCUCUGCUGCUCAUUCUCAAGGCCGGACGGCGGUGGAACAAAUGCUUUAAGUCGCGGCGGCUGCUCUUCACCGGGGGCCUUGUCGGAGGUCUUUUCACUUACGUCCUGUUCUGGACUUUCCUCUACGGAAUGGUUCAUGUGUACUAAUAUUAUCUACCACAAAUAACCCCAAAUUAGUCCUAACUAUUGCUACGUAAACCCAUAAUAUUGUCUACCCUGCUGUUUGUAGAUAAGCCAUUAGUAGAAGAAUUCUUCCAUUAUGAACUGUUGAUUAAACGGAGGAUGUAUUAAUAAUUAUAGAAUGCAAAAAACUGUUCUCUUAUCCUUCCUGCUCCACACUUAGCGGUGAAUAUUCAACCUGUAACUCCUGCUUAGUAUCACCCAUGCCAGGAUAAGAGCCACAGUUAUGAUAAUGUAGGUUGUAGUGUAACACAGAUCAAAACUGACUACAUCCUAACAAGGUGUAAGCACUUUGCAUUACAUUUCAUGUAUAAUAUCAUGGUUAAAUUAUAACAAAUCUGAUUACUGAAUGAAAUAAAUACCUCUGUACAA